CCACGCCAGUAUCUGUUACUAGACAAGGACACGAGCAUCAGUGACGUCACUCAUUUCAUGGCCCUGGCCUGGAAGCUUCAUGUUCCAGAGGUUGUGCUCACCAUCAUCUCAAGCCAGGAAUAUUAUCAGCCCUGGGGUAACUCAAGCCACGUCCUCGACUUCCAGAUCGGUCUGAUUCAGGCCGCUCGACUGACCAAGAUGUGGCUGCUGUCAGAGGGCGUGGCCGGCGGCCUGGCGGACAUCCUGGGCGAGGCAGCGGCCGAGGAGAGACUGAGGAGGCGCAUGGUGGAGUCCGAGCAGGCCAACCUCACCUACACAAUGGACAUGGAGACCUACCCCAACCUCGUGCUCAUGGGGCUGACAGCCUUGGAGCAACUGACCUACGGGGAACAGGUGGCCUCUAAUGCCAAAAUAGGUCCAGAAACAGAGCCUUCUAUCAAGUUAGCCAACAAAGGAGCCGAGAUGGAGCUGGAUCCCCACCAUUCUCAUUUCCUCCUGAUGCGCACGGCGGAGGCAGGGGAAAGCAAAUCGAACGCUACGAAUGGCUUUAAUAUAGAGUCCAGGUUUAUCCAGUACAUGACCAGCAAGACGAGAACUGACGACACAAAGAAGUCGCCCUCAUCCCACGACUCUGUGGCACCGGUCGUAGGACUGCUGGUACAGGGAGGACCUCGGGAGAUAGACAGGGUGCUGUGGCUGCUCAAACGACAAAUCCCUGUGAUUGUCAUCAAGGGGAAGAAAGGUUUUGCCUCCGGACUCAUUGCCUAUGCCUAUUCCGAAGGCAUGAAAGGGAGUGACUCACAGCACGUAGAACACAUCGUGAAGCCACAGCUGAUGCAGCAGGUCGCCGAGGCGUUCCCCGAGCAGUUUAAGGGCGAGGACGACUUGGCCCGCCUGCAUUGCAGGGACAAGAUCUUAGAGUGUGUGCAGUACGCCGUGCAGGGUGAAAGUCGCUUUCUGACCAUAAUGGACCCCAGCCUGGGUGAUGUCGACUACAAGGAUCUCUCCAAGUUCAUCCUGACCGCCAUCAUUUCAGCACAAGGAGAGUGCAGAAACUAUCAAUUUAAGGAGAAGAUUAACAGAAGCCUCAGACUAGCCCUCGACUGGAACAGGCCCGACGUCGCGUCGUCUCGGAUUCUCAACCAGAUGAAACUCUCCACUUUUCGAGUGAGGGACGACAUUUUCGUGGAGGCCCUCAUGUUGGCAGACCGUGAGGCUUUCGUGGAGUUAUUUCUGCGCAUGGGCUUCCCCUUACGUCGCUUCAUGACCCGCAGCCACGUUCGGAAACUGUACGAAACGUCACUCACAAACGAGUUUUUCUCCACCAUCUGCCUCCAGAGAAUCUUGGGAUACAAGUGGCCUGCUCUUUCUCCGGAUUUCUUGACCGGGGCCGAUUCAUCACUGAACCGCCUACUUUGCCGAGUGUCUGGUCUUCAGCAGCUCAUUAAACCGGCGGAUACGGACCUUUACUCUGUGGCGCAAACAUCUGCCGACAAAACAGUCGCCGAGAGAAAGGCUCUAUUGGAGCUUCUCUUUUGGUCAGUCUUGACCAAUAAGCAAGCUCUGGCGAAGAAACUGUGGCAGCGAACCUCAGAGCCGUUGGCGGUCGCCCUGGUCAUCUCCAAUAUCUACUAUCGUCUCUCAAAGAUUUACAUCUCAGACCUGGACUUGCAGAUCCGGAUCAAGCAGGCAGCGAUUGACUUUGGCCAGCUGGCGAUCGAGGUGAUGGACAUGAUUUACGCGGACUCUGGCGUGUUCGCCUUCCGCUCUCUUAUCUCGCCCGUGGAAGAUUUCAACGGUCUCACAGUCGUCGACUUAGCCCUGAUCGGUAACAACAAGUUCUUCAUCGCUCACCCGUGCUGUCAGAGAGCGGUCAGAGAAAGGUGGCUGGGCAUGAUCAAGAUCAAAUCUUUUGGGAACAUGGGCUUUGAGGCUCCUGAGUAUUUGAAAAUAUUUUGCUGUCUCUUUCUGGUGUUUCCUAUCUACUUCUGGUUGAACUUCGACAAAGCCAUGGCUAACGUGAAAGCAAAUAUCGGAGACGAUGACGACGAUGGUAAUGAGGAUGACAGUACAGGCAACAAUGAUGAUGGAAGGGAAGCUGAGAUGACAAAGAACAAUAACAGCUCCAAUUCUGAAACGGAACACCGAUCCAUCGUUUCCUUAAAAACGCCCAACGCUGUACAUGUACAGAGCGUAUCUCCACACGUAGACCCAUAUGCCCGACCGCCUCUGUGGAAGAAGGUUUACUACUUGUGGACGGCCCCGAUCACCAAAUUUUGGUUGUCGCAGUAUUUCUUCCUGAGCUACCUGGUGCUCUACGCCUACUGGCUUCUCCUGCCAUACUGUGGUCAUCGUGUGCUCACCGACCUUCUCUUUGUCUGGACCAUGGUCAUAUGCAUGGAGCACGUGCAGCGGACCAUCAGUGGGAAGAAGAAAUUCCCAACGAUGGGUCUUUUCUGGCCAAUGCUGGACAUUCUGAUGGAAGUGCUGGUCAGUCUGUUCUUUCUACUGACCGCCAUACAAUCCCACCUGUACCUGCCGUCCUGGAUUCCCAUGCUGAGCUUCAUGACUCUCAAGUUUCUCCUCGCCCUUGGCAUGAUUUUCUUCUAUUAUCGUGCCUUGAGUUACCUGCUGCCUGUCAGUUCAGACCUGGGACCAAUGCUAGUCAACAUUACAACUCUGAGCCGAAAAGACAUGAUCAACUGGUUGCGACUGUGGUCGAUGUGCCUUCUGUCCAGCGGCCUGGCUAUCACCGCGGCCACCUACCCAGCUCAACCCUUCUCUCUCACCGUGCUAAAAAAAGCCGUGCUCAGGGGGGCAUUGGGCAUCUUCCUGACCGAAGUCAACGACCUUAAGGGGAAUCCUGCAUGCACAAAAAUUUACAGCUUCCCAGAGGUAGCGCAUACUUGUAACGCUAGCACUGUACAACCCUACAUGUUAUCCCGACUGUCGACCUGUCCAUACCACUCGUGGGCCGGCUACGUUCUCGUGGUCCAGUUCCUGCUCAUCACACGCCUCGUCUUCUAUACCCUGAUGUUCGCCAUGUUCAGAUCUGUGAUACCCAUACCGUUGACUGUUCUUACGUAUCCGUUCAUGUUGUUGCGCUACCUAGCCAAGCUGACCAUGGCUGGAGUCUUUGAGUGCCAUAAAUGUUGUCAAGGUAUACGAAAGCAGGCGCAGGAGGCUGUCAGACAGCCAUGCCGAGUCCCUUACAACCAAUGGAAAUCUUACAUGGCAACUAUGGAAAAAAAGGAAGAAGAGAAGAAAACCAGCUGGUCAGACAUAUUGACCCAGAUGGAAGAAGAGAGUACAGCCCAGAAGCUGAUCGCCAAACGUCUGAACGACCGCCUGGUCCAUGUGGAGAAGAAUCAGACGUCUGCUGGACUCACACUAGAGUCAUUUCUGGCCGAGCUUGAAGCUCUAGACCCCAAAGUUCGCGCCCAAAAAGCUCAGCGGUCACUGAAAGUGAUCCACACAGUGGCCCGCACUUCUCCCUACCCGGGCACAGACUUGCAGCGGUUUCCAGUCUUCGAAAAGGAUGUCCCGUGGGAUGCAAAAUUUGAGGCGUACGACCCGAUCAUAUACUCAAAACCGGUAACAAAAUAUCCAGACGAAAUGCAACCGUGGGUGGACUGGGACAUUCUUAGCGUUGCAGAGCGGAAUGAAUCCAAUCCGGAUAAAGAUGAAGAGUUUGUGAUGGUCUCUAUACUUCAGGACCCAGUUUACAACAGCGUCCAAAUACAGAACCCAGUGGAUGGCUGGGAAGUGGUCGUUGAUCGGGUCUCCUACAUUAUGGACGGAGAACAACCCUUGAUUUAUGAUCUGGAUGCUGUGGGCUUACCAAUUAAUCCCCUAGGCCGCACAGGAUUACGGGGUCGAGGCUCGCUGUGUCGAUGGGGCCCUAACCACAUGAUCCAGGCAGUGAUCAGUCGGUGGAAAGUCGCCAGCACCAGCGCUCAAGGCAGCAAUGUGACUUCCCCAGUUGAAGAGUCCAAGGUCAUGGAGGUCCUGGUGGUGCACGAGCAAGAUGAUCCUGGGCAUAUCAGUCUGCCAGGGGCUAAACUGGAUAAGAGAUCCCGCCCGUACAGCGCUCUGUGUGAUGUUUUCACCACAGACGUUCUUCAGGAAGAAGAUACAGAGGGAUGGCGUCAUUACGAUCAGGACGACAUGGUGCAGUAUUUUAGCCAGUUUGCCUCCACAAACCCCAUCCGAAAACGCAAGGCCCUGUACGCCAACUACGGUUUCUCCUCCUUCCUGGUGUUUCGAGGGUAUGUCGACUCUGCUGUCAACACGGACAACGCCUGGCAAGAGGCAGAGAUCUGGAACUUUCAUUACAAGUACCAAAACGGCUUUGAGAAUAGAUUCAAGCAGAGUGAUCACGUCAGCUGGAUCACAGUUAGCGCUGCUAUGCCUCUCACAUCAUCGGAGUCUGCAGCUGUACUUGAGUCUGCCAAAAUACACAAUGCUACCUUCUAAAACAAGAUAACUAGCAACUUUUACAGGAAUAAGGGUAGCCCGGGAGGGCGGGAU